GCCGGGCUGGCACUGCGCGGCACGGCACGGCGCGGAAGGGCGCGGAAGGAGCGCGGCUCCCAUGCGCACGCCCUGCGCGCUGCCCGGACCCCCGCCGCCAGCCGCAAGACCUGAGAAAAGCGAGGCCCAGGCUCUGGAGAUGUUUGGAGAAAGAGCCAGACAAUUCUGCUCCCUGCACCUCUGCUCUGCCCCGAGCUCCUCCUGACCUUUCUUCCUUGGAGGCAAAGCAGCUCUGCAUGAGUGUGCCAGUUUUGCACGUCCGGGGGGAGAAGGGGACCGCUGCUCUCCCUGUGCCAGCUGCAUUGCUCACUGCCGUCCCCUUGAUCAGGCCGGUUGCUGGCUGUGUCUGCGCAGCAGAUGUCGUGGCACCCACAGUACCGCAGCUCCAAGUUCCGCCACGUGUACGGUAAAGCUGCCAGCAAGGACAAGUGCUACGACUGUGUGCCCAUCACCCGCAACGUCCACGACAACCACUUCUGCGCCGUGAACCCCCACUUCAUUGCGGUGGUGACGGAGUGUGCGGGUGGGGGGGCCUUCCUCGUCAUUCCCAUCCACCAGACAGGCAAGCUCGACCCACAUUAUCCCAGAAUAUGUGGGCACAAAGGGAAUGUUCUGGACAUCAAGUGGAACCCGUUCAAUGACUUUGUAAUAGCUUCAUGUUCAGAAGAUGCCACAGUUAAAAUCUGGGACAUCCCCAAGCACUUGCUAACAAGAAACAUUACCAGUCCGAAGAAGGAACUUCUUGGACAUGUUCGAAGAGUGGGCCUCAUUGAAUGGCAUCCCACUGCUAAUAACAUCCUCUUCAGCUCUGGCUAUGACUACAAGAUAAUGAUCUGGAACCUUGACACCAAGGAAGCUGUCAUCUCAAACCCCGUGAAGAUCCUUGAUGCUCACAAAGAUGUGGUCCUCUCCAUGUCAUUCAACACAGAUGGCAGUCUCCUUGCCACAGCCUGCAGGGACAGGAAGAUACGUCUGAUAGACCCGCGUGCAGGAACAGUCCUACAAGAAGCCAGCUACAAGUCUCACAGAGUCAAUAAAGUCUUGUUCCUUGGAAACAUGAAAAAGCUGUUCUCUACUGGAACAUCUCGGUGGAACAAUAGGCAAAUUGCAUUAUGGGAUCAAAAUGACCUUUCCGUGCCUUUGCUGGAGGAGGAUCUGGAUGGCUCCUCGGGACUCCUGUUUCCCUUCUACGACUCAGACACACACAUGCUUUACGUUGUGGGAAAGGGUGAUGGAAAUAUACGGUACUAUGAGAUAAGCCCUGAGAAACCAUACCUGAACUACCUGAUGGAAUACCGUUCUCAUUUACCACAGAAGGGAAUUGGAAUGAUGCCAAAGAGAGGCCUUGAAGUGUCAGCUUGUGAGAUUUUCCGUUUCUACAAACUGAUCCCAACUAAAAGCCUGAUUGAGCCCAUCUCCAUGAUUGUGCCUCGACGGUCGGAGUCAUACCAGGAAGACAUCUACCCCUUGACCACAGGAGCCCAGCCAGCACUGACAGCACAAGAGUGGCUGAACGGAGUCAACAAAGGGCCCCUCUUGGUAUCCUUAAGACCAGGCUCUGGAGCUGUGAAUUCCUUACCACAGUUUCCUGAGCCAGAGCCACUCGUGAAAACUACUGACCUGAACCAGCACCAGGAUUGGGGAGGAAAGAUGCCACUGGAGGGCAUGCAGAAGUCAAGUGACAUUGGAGACAACAGAAAACAGCUGAAAGUGGAGGAGAAAUUGCCGAAAAAUGAGCAAAUGCGCCUCUCCAAUGGCUUCGACAUAUUUGAGUGUCCACCACCAAAAACUGAAAAUGAGCUUUUGCAGAUGUUUUACCGGCAACAGGAAGAAAUCCGUAGACUACGUGAGCUGGUAAAUCAGAGAGAUGUCCAAAUUAAACAGCUGGAGCUGGAGCUCAGAAACCUCUGCACGGACACAGGUGGUUACUGAGGGUGCUGGCCUGCAGCUCUUUGCACCCCUGGCAACGGGAGCAGACUCCUAGGGUUUUUGCUGGGGGAAAAAUUGAUGCUUCAAGCAGCAGGGACUUCCCUGGCUUGUGGUGGUCACAAUUCCCUAAUCAUCACCAGACAGUUAUUGAUAGACUUGCUGCGCUUCUUCAGGCUCCCCUUGCUUGCCUGCUCACUCAUGCCAGAAGCUCAUGCAUUAAUGCUCGUGAGAGACUUUGGAAACUCUUGCUUAUCUGGCCCUGGAGAAGCCACCUAUUAAGCUCUAGGAACAACCUCUUCUGCUGCCCCUCCACAUGACAUGAGGAUGGGAGACUGCCAGCUUCUUUUCCCACCCGUGGACCCAGUGGUGCAGCUCCUGUGGCCGCUUUCUUCUGCCCUGGGACACCACUCUGCAACUGAGCCUCAGAGGCACCUCUAGCUCCGAAGUGAUCCUCAUGCAUCCCUCUUGCCUCACAGCUUGGCCCUGUGGCCGGGUGGCUAGGCAAAGCCGCGGCUGCCCUGACCUGGUGCUGGGGAUAGUCCCGCUCCGAGCGGGAGGCUGCACUGGGGCUGCCAAGGGACAGCACUUUUGUGAUAUGUAAAGGAGAGUUGGUGUUUGGAGGUCUUACUUUAAAGGGGUGGUGGUGUGGGCUGGUUCUCACUAGAGAAGCUGCAGGUGCAGAAGAGGUCUCUGGGUCCUUUGAGUGAGUGGCCUUCCCUCCCUCCUUCUGCCAAAGACCAGCUGCAGUCAGCUGAGGGCUGUGGUCCUGCGGUGCUCAUCAGACAAAUGAGGACAUUUAAAGCUGCACAGCAUUGGCAGUGGUGGGGUUUGCCAAGAGGGAUUAAAAGGAUGAGGGAGGAGUUGGACCCCCCAGCCCACUGCAGACCUUUCAGCAAUGGUGCUAGAAGUGUGGUGUCAACCACAGGAGGAUCACAGGACCAUGGCUGGUCACAAACAGCCCUCACUGGUUGCUGGAGGGAGCUGCCUCAUCCUUGUGCCCACAACUGCUGGUUCCUUAGCUCCCAGGUGCCAGCGCCUUGUCCCAUGCCUUCAGCCACCUACAAGCUCCCUCUUCCCAGCUGUGUUGCCCAGCCCUCUGCAUCCUCCAGGGCUGCCCCAUCUCCCUAAGCCCUGCAGCCACACACAUCUGUGCCCUUCACCCCCAUCUCUCUAGCACACUGCCUUCCCCAGCCCUUUGCUUAAGGCAAGAGCAGCUGCAGGAUGCAGGUCCCAUCCUUGGUUUCAGGGCUGGCACCUGUGACCAGCGUUACGGAGUCUGCCUGCAAUGUGCAGAUGGGCCAGCAGCAGCACCCACCUGCCCACCCUGUUGAUUCCUGGGGGGUCUCCUCUCGUUUGUUCCCACGGUGUGGGGCAAGAUAGCGCAGUCAGUUGCCCUGGGGUCUGAGCACAGCAGCAGCACUGUAGGGGGAAUGUUUUACCUUGCCCCAAAUGCAGAGCUCAUGGAGAGCAGAGCAAGCAACCACUGUUUAGCCUAUAACUGUGCACCUCUGCUGUGACACAUGUAGGAAUGAAUACUAUGCCCUGCUAGUUCCCUGAAGCCUAAUGAUUUCCCAAAGUCUAAAAAAAAUUAAUUAAUUAAAUAAAUAAUAAAAAAGUCUCCAUACUCAGAAAUUCCCGUGGACAGGACUUCUUAGCAGGGGGACUAAAGGCCGCACACUGCCUGUGCUCGUGUGAGAUGCCCCCUCUGGUUAUCCCUGAAAGCAGAAGCCAGCAGGGAGCUCACGGGCACUAAAUACUCUUACAUGAGAACCACACAAAGACUUUGGCAUCCCUUUUGCUCUGCUGUGAA